AGUGGGCCGGGCUGCGCCUCCGGGCGGCCGUGGAGCGGCGGCCGGACCUGAGGUCGUGGCUUCACCCACCCUGGCUCUGUCUGCGCCUGGUUAGGCGAGAGUUAAUGAGAUCACAGCUGAAAGCGUCUUCAAGCUCCAGACACGUGCACAGAGAUCUUGGAGAAAUUCAUUCAAGGCUGUUAGAUCACAGACCAGUUAUUCAGGGUGAAACCCGUUAUUUUGUGAAAGAAUUUGAAGAAAAACGUGGUCUUCGAGAAAUGCGAGUUCUUGAGAAUUUGAAGAAUAUGAUCCAUGAAACAAAUGAACAUACUCUUCCCAAAUGUAGAAAAACAAUGCAAGACAACUUAAACCAAGUUCUCCAGAGAUUGCAAGCAGCUACUGACUCAGUCUGUAGACUCCAACAGAGGGAGCAGGAACAAAAAAAGAUUUAUAAUGACCAUAUAAUAGCUAGUGAAAACCAGCAUAUAAUCCAGUGGGAAGAUUUCAUGAAAGAACAACACAACAAACAGGCUGAAGUGGAUGAAGAGCACAGAAAAGCUGUGGAGAGGCUUAAAGAACAAUAUGCUGAAAUGAAGAAGGACCUAGGAAAAUUUUCAACCUUUUGAGAACUUGAACCACAACGGUGUGAAAGCAUUGACUUCCCCCAAAGAACUAACUAUUCUCAUCAAACCAUUUAGCCUCUGCUUCAAGCUUAGCAAUAUAUUUAGUGACACUCAUAUCAGGAGAAAGAAACUUCUACUGGAGUACUAAUUAAAUGUUUAGUGGAAGAAGAGUGCUAUAUCUUUCCUGUUUAAGUGCCUAUGUAUAAUUAUUUGGGCAAGAGUAGGAAGAAAAAUUGGAUAAAUUUACUUUUUGUUAAUCAGAAUUGGUCUUCUUUGUUAUUGAUUAUCUCAGAGAACUGUAAGUAUAGACCUCUUAGAAAAAUAAUUUCAUUCUUAUAUGGGGUUAAUAUUAGCUUAUUAUUGUGGCUUAGAAAGCAGAUAUAGUAGUUGCCUGCUUUAGCCUCCUUGGCUAUUGGAAGAAUGUGUAGAGUGUUAUUCCAUCAGUAAUAUAGACAGAAACAAUGGUCCUUGGAACAGAGGUCACCUUUAUGAGAGGUGAGAGUAAAACACUCUCUACUGUAGCAAAGGUGGCCCUGUUGGUCGUUGAACUGCUGAAAGGUUACAGAGUCUGCAGUGCAGCAUAAUGCCAUGUGUUUCACUGAUGACAAGACACACUUAUUAAGUUUUGUGGCCUUCCAGCACUUCAUACUUUCAGCUUUUAAAACAUGCUUAGAAGGAAAAACUUACCAAAAAUAUAGUUUGACUUUUAGCCUUUCCAAGAACCAUAAUCUUGCCCAUAGUAUUUACCUCAUUUUUGUGUCUCUUUUGCUGUGGGUGAGCUUUGUAAGACAAAUAAUCUCUAAAAUGUUUCAACUGUGUAAUGGGUAAUCAGCAAAAUCUGCAAGGAGUUCCUCUGGAAUCAUACAAUUAUUCUGGCUCUGAAUAUGCCAGAAGUAAUUACCCAUAUGGCAAAUAAUCCAUGUUAAAUGUAAAUCCUUUUUAGUGUUAGCGUCUGUUCUCAUAAGCAGGUGUACUAUGAUGAAACAUGUACCAACUCAGUCAUCACUGUGAGCUUUAAAAAUCUGCACUUAACAGUGUAAUUGAGGAACUAAGUUAUUUUUUAUUUGCCGUAAACAAAGCAAAAUUAAAUGCAAUAUUUUAAGCCCUAA